CAGCGCGAGGAGAAGGGCUGGUUGGUGUGGGAGCAAAGAGGGCAGCAGCGCAGACGGGUGCAGGUGACGCCGCCGCCGCAGCAGCAGCAAUCAGGUCAGAGCAGGCGGCGACGGAAGCAGGUCUGGUGGUGGCAGCGGCUGUCGCACGGCGCUACCCGCCCGCCCUGGGGCUGGCUGCGGGGGCGGUGGCGGCGAGGGUGGAUGCGCUGGCGGAGGCGAUGCGGGACACCGGCGUUGGGUUGGCGGAGGUGGGGGUGGCGGGGGCGGUGACGAAGGCAAGGGGCCAGCAGCUGGGCCCACCAGAGAGGCACAGCGUUACCUACACCGCCUCCGCCUCUGCCGCCGCGGGUGAUGACACCUACAUUCGUGCUCGCACCCGCGCCGCUCAGCUGGUGGUGGCGCAGCCGGGGCUGCUGGGUUGCAGCGUCGCGGGGCUGGCGGCCAGGUGGCGAGCACUGGCGGCGGCGGUAACGGCAGCAGAGGCGGAGGAGGAAGAGGAGGAGAGGGAGCAGGUACGGCGACUUGGGCAGCAGCAGCAGUGGCACCGGCUGCGGCGGAGCUCCUCUCCGCUGCUGUCUUGGCGGCUGCAACUGGCGACGGCGCCGCCGGCAGCGGUGGCGAGGUGUCUGGCGGCGUCGGAGGCGCGGCUGCGGCGGCUUACCUACCUGGCGGCUGUCGUACCGCCGCCGCCGCAGCCGGCUCCGACAUCAUCACUGUCGCCGCCGUCAGGGGUUCGCCGGGGCCGGGGACGGCCGAAAAAGUGCACGAGGGUUGAUUCCGGGGCAACACCAUCUGCCAUCGUCAUACCCUCCCCCUCCACUUCCUCUUCCUGUACGGGAGUGGAUGCCAGGAGGUUACCGUCGUCAUCAUCGCAUCCUCGUCCUUCCCCUUCCUCCUCUUUGUCCACCUGUUCUUCCUCAGGCGCCGCAGCAGCUCCACCCUUGCCCUCCCCGGAGUCACUGUCAUUGUCCACCAUCCUGGCCAUGAGCUCGCAGCGCUUCGAGACCCACUUCCCGGGCUUCAAGGCGUGGUGUGGGGCUGGUGCUGGGAGCAGAACUGCUGUAGCUGGAGAUGGGUGUCGUGUGGUCCGCAGUGGCGACUAGUGAGAGUUUAUGGACUUCAGGGCACUGACACCUUGGGUAUCCUUUGGAGUUCGGAUGCAUGGUAGCAGUGAUAGUGGUAGUAGGGGCGAUGGUGCAUACGGUGUGUGAGGCUUUUAUUGUGAGAGCACCGUGGGGGCGGCAGCUGGCGCUUUUGUUACGUUAGGAACCGUCCUCGUGUGGAAAUGGCGGGCGCAACUGUGUGCUGGGUUGCUAGGGGCACUAUAUGCGCUUUAACUUCACCACGUAAAUCGAAUGCACAGGUUCCUAUUGCUCGGCUCGCUAAAACCAGGACGAAUGCGCGGUGGAUUUGUUAAUCAGAACGUCAAUCGCGCUGCUGAUAUUGCUGGACUUCCGGGUAAUGCUGGCUGAUGCUGGUGCGUUUCUGUCUGCAUUCUCAAUCCAAUAUCUAACCUUUACGCUGAGGCACCUAUGGCAAGUAACGCUAUACUGCAUUUGCAAUUGCCCAACAUUGCUCAGAGUUUUAGGUUUUAUUUACCAGUAUGUCAUAGGAACAAUAAAAGGCAAGCGACCUUUCAAACAUGAAUUCAAUUAAGCCUUGUUGCAAGCGCGGACUAUAUUCGGCGGACUAUAUUCGGACUAUAUCCUAGAAUUAGUUGAGCCAACAGCCGUACAAUUUGCGACUUCUAGCCGUACGCUUGCAACACAAAAUGCACACAGUUUCAUAGCAUUUCUUGAUGUGAGGACGGAAGGGCUCACUUGUUGAGGGCUGUCGACAGCUUGAAGUCGCGUCCGUUCGCUCCGUCGCUGUCAGGGACCUCGAGGCUGUGCGCUGUGUCGAUUUGGAUUAAAAUUAGGGCUCAGAUCGGAAUGUCUCAGCAAGGAACGAGGCUGCAAGCGUUCCUGCCUCUCAUCCUCAUCAUAUCAGCUGCAGAGGCAAGGUUGGCGUUGCUCGCAGCUGGGAACACGGGUGGCGGGGCUGGUGUCGCUGGCUGCCGGCUGGCUGCUGUGGCUCACCAGCAUCCCCGCCAUCCGCCGCUGGCUGUACAGCCUGUUCUACAUAACCCACUUGCUGGCCGGCACCGUGUUCCUGCUGUUCACCCUGAUGCACUACAAGGACAGCGCCGCGUGGAUGAUGGCAGGCAUCUUCCUGUACCUGCUGGACGUGGCCCUGCGCACGGUGCAGCAGGCCCUCAACUGGACGCGCCUCAGCCUGGCAGCGGACACUGCCUCGGGGGCCGCUGCCAGCAUCUCACCCGACGGCAGCCUGCUCACACUCUCGCUCAAGUGCGACGAGUCCUUGGAGUGGCACGGCUCGGACAUCGUGUGCCUCAAUGUCCCUGCCGUAAGCUGGUGGCAGUGGCACCCCUUUACGCUUGCCUCCUCCUCCAAGAUAACCUUUGCCGGCGGCGAGAAGCGGAUGGUGCUGCAUAUUAAGAAAUACAACCGUUGGACCAAGGUACGUUCCGCAUCACGGUAUUGUAACACGUACCUGUGCAUGAAGGUACGGGCGAAAGAACUGUGCAUACCAGUACUCGCGGCACGCUAUAGUAAUCCAACCCCUCGAGAGGCG